CACCCCGUUCCCAGCCAACGCCACAGCCAGGCGCGACGGCAGAUCCUUCCUCCCUAACACCAAGGAAGAGAAGAACAAUGGGAGGCAGCCACCGACCUCCACUCCGUCCACCUACGCGGCAAACGAAGCCACAACCCGCCCCCGACGCAACACCGCAGCCCUCCUCCAUCUCGCCGCAAUGAAAAUCGACGAUCUUCGUCUCGGGAUGGCAGCCAAAGGAGCCGAGCACCACCUGGGAACGCCGACCGACUCCAUCGCUCGAGAAGAUGGCCCCAACAUCAAAUUGCAGCCGCGCCGUAAGCCAGGAACCGGCCACCGUUGAGAGGCCCGGCGGCCCCGUUGGGGAGGGCAGACGGCGAAUAAAUAAAGCUAGGGUUUUAGUUUUUUGAAAUUGGGGGAGACGAAGGGGGGUGGAGUGUUAGUUUUUUAAGUCUAUCGUUUAAAGAAAAAAAAAAAACUAAUGUCGCAAUUCGUCAUCACUCAGUAGACAGCCAUUUGACAACCCGUUCUCAGUGGCAUCAUCGUUCCAUCUCCACAAAUGAAGCUCGUCUCGAAUUCUUUUGCCCUGAAAUCGGGCGUUUGUUAUUUGAUCCGGAAACUACAAAUACGCUACCUGUGUGCUGUGCCGGCCCGAACCCGCUCGUCAAUGAAGAAACCGUCGUCGGGGUCUCUGUACAGUAGGAUCUCGCCGUUGGGCGACCCGAACCUGUCUGUGGCGACCGUGCUUGACCAGUGGAUCGUAGACGGAAACUAUACGUGCAGAUGGGAGCUUCAGAAAAUUAUUCGCGUGCUCAUGGUGCAUAAAAGAUUCAAACACGCUCUCGAGGUAUCUCUUUGGAUGACCAAUAAGAGAGGCUAUGCCAUUGCUCCUUACGACGCUGCCCUAAGGUUGAAAUUAAUAUGCAAGAACUUUGGCAUAGAACAAGUAGAAAAGUACUUUGAAAAGAUCCCAGAAAAACUAAAGACGUUUCACGUCUAUCUUUCCCUCCUCAACUGUUACACCGUGGCCCGAUCCGUGGAAAAAGCCGAAUCCACGAUGCAGAAAGCCAGAGACUUGGGGUAUGUCAGCAAACCCAUAUGGUACAACCUCAUGAUGCAAUUGUACCACAAAGUGGGGAACCGAGAAAAAGUGACUGACCUGUUAGCCGAAAUGGAUGCAGAUGGCAUCUCACCCGAUCAGUUCACGUUCUUUGUCUGCAUGAGCUCAUCCGCUGAGUCAUCCGAUGCUGUUGGAAUGAGUAAAAUAUUAAAAAUCAUGGAAUCUGACCCGACUCUCAAUACAGGCUGGCAAGCACACUUUAUGGCGGCCGAGGGCUAUUUGAAAAUGGGCAUGGUAGACGAGGCCUUGGCCAUACUGAACAAGAUGGAGAGAAAAUCGGUUAAACUCGAGAAGGAAGACCUAAUGUUCAUUUUCCUCAUCAAGUUGUACGCCGAGGCCCAGAAAAAGGACGCCGUGUACCGUGUUUGGAACCGGCGCAAGAAGACAGGAAAGCUUACGAACAAGGUUUACAUAAGCAUGAUGCGUGCGCUCGGAAAAUUUGAGGACAUUGAGGGAAUGGAGAAGAUUCUGCACGAUUGGGACUGGAGUGGGCUGUCUCUCGAUUUUCGAGUCCCGAAUUUCUUGGUUGACAUAUAUUGUUCGAGUGGUCGUUUGGGUCGGGCUGUGGCCCUAAUAGCUAGAGUGUCAUCAAGGGGCUGUGGUCGGGAAGUGGUGAAGUGGUGCCAGCUGGCAGAGAGAUAUAUGAAGGAAAAUGAAAUGCCCAAGGCAGUGGAGGCUUUAAAGAAAGCUAUGGUAGAGUGUCCCCCUAAUGUUGGUGCUCGGGAGACUUUGGCAGCUUGUUUGGAGUGUCUGGAGAAAGGUGGGAAUCGGGAGAAGGCAGUGAAGUUGGUGAAGUCUGUGAGGAUGAGAGGCGUUUGUCGGGAGGGGGAUAUGUCGAGAUUGAUGAGAGAUGUGGAGUUUGAGUCGUGCGUGAAAUAAGGGGGUUUUCAGAUGUGAUGUUUUGCGAGCGAGGAUGAAUGUGCGGAUGUGUUGAGUAGGAUCAUGACUUUGUUUAGAUGACGAAAAUGUUGUGUUUUGACCGGAAAUAGUUAUGAGUUUUACAAAGUAGUCUCGAGCUUGGAAUAUUUCAAAGUAUUUUGGCGAUUUUUCGGAACGUGGUUUUGUCUACCAUUUUCUGGUCGAGUGAAUAUGUCGUAAACCAAUCACGGUUUGAUGUUUGUAGCAAUGAUAUUUGCACGUUUUUUUUACACCCUCCCUGUCGAUAUAUAGGUUGCAACGGGGGUUCAGUUCUCCUGAAGCCAGGCUUCAGAAUAGUUGGAAUAUUAUUUAUUUUAUUUUUUUUAAUAAUUUUUUGUUAGAAACUCGAACUUUCUUGCUAGAUUUUCUUGAGAAAAUUCUGGGACGAUUUGAUAUUUGAAUGAAUGACAUUCUAUGGAAA